AUGAAUUCGAAUCAAACAUCUAUGUUAAGUGACGAAGAGGCAACUCUUUACGAUCGACAAAUUCGUCUCUGGGGUGCCGAUGCUCAAUUAAAACUUCGUCAAACACAUUUAUUACUUAUUAAUGUGAAUAGUUUAUCGAUAGAAGUAUGUAAAAAUUUAUGUUUAGCUGGUGUUGCUAGUAUAACGAUAUUUGAUAAUACACGUGUGACAUCGAAUGAUGUUGAAGAAAAUUUAACAUUAACAAUGUCAUCAACAGAGGUUGAUGAAUUUAAAUCAGUGUGCACAUGUCGAGCUUUACAAAUGUUAAAUCCACGCGUACACUUAGUAGCCGAAUCGACGAUGACAAUCGAUCAAAUCGAUGAAAAAUAUAUCGAACAAUUUGAUUAUGUCUGUUUAUUUAAUUAUUAUAAUUUUAAAACUAUAGCCAAGCUUAAUAAUCUUUGUCGACAACGGGAACAAGUAGAUGAAAAUGGAAAAAAGCAAACUUAUUUUUUUUGUGCUGCUACAUUUGGAUCGUAUGGCUUUGCUUUUAAAGACCUUGGUGAUAAAUAUGAUUAUCUUAGUGAAAAUUCAUUUGGAAGCGAAUCAUUAAUCAGAGGCGAAGGGGGCGGCAAUGAAUCAAAGAAAAGUGAAAAAGUUACCACAAAAUCGAUUCGUAAUUAUGCAACAUUUGAAAAAGCACUAACCCUUGACUGGAAACCAAAUCGACGACAGGCAGCGACACGCUCAGUUGUAACAACAUAUAAUUUAUUACGGGGCCUAUUGACAUUCCAUGAACAAUAUCAUCGAUCACCUGCAUUAGCCACUCAUGAUGUUGAUGUGCCGAAUUUAAUGAUUAUUCUAGAACAAAUGACUUCAUCGACUGCCGCUGCAUCAUCAUCGUCAUCGAAUAAUGUCAAUAAUGAAAAAUGGAACGAAGAACUACUCAAGGAUGUGUUAACAGAUAACAAUGCUGUUGCUUCGAUUGUUGGUGGCAUAAUGAGCCAUGAUAUUGUCAAAGCCAUUUCAAAACAAGAACCUAAAGAUAACUUUUUCUUCUUCAAUGGACUAUCCUGUGUUGGCUUAUCGAUACCAAUCGCUUGUUAG